CAUACAAAUUGAAUCGAUUUUCUCGGAAUAGUCGCACGGCAUCUUUCUAGCUAUUAAAAUCACGCAAGCUGUGUCAUUAUAUUGUCCAUACGUGUAGAGAAAUGUAGUCACACUAAAACUACGUGGGAGUUCUAGCUGUAAACAAAAUACAUCUUUAUGAAACGUCAAGAUAAUAUUAGAUUAGUCUAGCUAGCGAUAGUGUUAACCUUUACUACCAAGAUGAUGUGGAAAGCAGCCACGGACGUGGCCGCGCCGGCUCCGGCGGAGGCCGACGACUGGGACACGGACCCCGACUUCAUCAACGACGUCACGGAGCACGAGCAGCGCUGGGGCCCUGGCGGCAGAAACGUCGAAGCUAUAGAUAUGGCGAAACUACGUGAGGAGGUGCUGGAAGCGGACACAUUGUCCAAGAAGAAACAAUACGAGCAAGGGCCCAAGCCGUCUUAUGGCUACGGGGGUAAGUUCGGCGUGCAGGCCGAUCGGAUGGACAAGUCGGCCGUGGGCCAUGACUAUAUUGGCCAAGUCGAGAAACACGUCUCUCAAAAGGACUACGCUCAAGGUUUCGGAGGUAAAUUCGGCGUUCAAACCGACCGAAUGGACGCCAGCGCGGUGGGGCAUGACUACAUCGGCAAAGUGGAGAAACAUGAGUCGCAGAAGGACUACUCGCAGGGUUUCGGGGGCAAAUUCGGCGUGCAGACCGACCGCGUUGAUAAGAGCGCGGCCGGCUGGGAGCACCGCGAGCAGAUCGAGAAGCACUCGUCCCAGAAAGACUACUCCCACGGGUUCGGGGGCAAGUUCGGCGUGCAGGCGGACAGACAGGACGCCGCCGCUGUCGGCUGGGAGCACCGCGAGCAGGUCGCCCCGCACGACUCACAGAAAGAUUACUCGCGCGGGUUCGGGGGUAAAUUCGGCGUGCAGACGGACCGGCAAGACGCGUCGGCGGUGGGCUGGGACCACCACGAGAAGGCACCAGCGCACGCCAGCCAGCUCGACCACAAGAAGGGUUUCGGUGGCAAGUUUGGUGUGGAGACUGACCGGGUGGACAAGUCCGCCCAUCGCUUUGACGAGGUCGGCAGUGUCGGCACCAACUACACCAAACAGAAGCCCGACAUCGGCGGCGCCAAGCCGGGCUCCAUCCGGGCCAAAUUUGAGAACAUGGCCAAGGAGAAGGAACAGGAAGCAUUGCAGUCGGUGCAGAAAAUACGCCAGCAGAGGCUACAAGUGGACAAGGAUUUAUCGCAAAAGGAACAAGACCGGUUAGAGAAAGAAGAACGCGAAGCUCCCGUCAAACAACAAGAGCCGGACAGGCAACCGGACCCGGCCAGACAACCGGAUCCGGUCAGACAACCGGAACCGGUCAGACAACCGGAACCGGUCAUGCAACCGGACCCGGUCAGACAACCGGAACCGGUCAGGCAGCCGGAACCGGUCAGACAACCGGUACCAAUGAAACAACCUGAACGGGAACCGAUACCGGAGCUGUUUGAGGAGAAGGUUAACCUGCCGGACGUCACGCUGGUGCAGCCUAAAGAGAAAGAAGAGAUGGCUCGCCAGCCCACAAUAGUGAUGUCGCCGGUGGGCUGGGAGGGCUGCGAGGGCGGCGAGGCGGAGGAGGAGGACGAGGAGGGCUACACCGCGCGGGCGCUCUACGACUACCAGGCCGCCGCGCCCGACGAGAUCAGCUUCGACCCCGACGACAUCAUCACCAACAUCGUCAUGGUGAGUAGAGGAGGGCUACACUACACCGCGCGGGCGCUCUACGACUACCAGGCCGCCGCGCCCGACGAGAUCAGCUUCGACCCCGACGACAUCAUCACCAACAUCGUCAUGAUCGACGAAGGCUGGUGGCAGGGCAUGUGUAAAGGCGCGUACGGACUGUUCCCCGCCAACUACGUCCAGCUGCAGGACAAGUGAGAGGACCUACCGGGAAACGAACAUCCGAAAUUUCGCUAUCUGCCUCUUUAUCGCUCGAAUACGCAAGAGUGACAGAGAUGUUAGAUAACGAAAUUUGUGACCCUCAGAUUGUGGCAGUGGCGCCACCUACGCAGAGUUUCGCGUAAUAUUCCCUAUUAAUGUGAUUUUAUGACUGAAUUAUUUUGAACAUUGUCACUGAUAUCAGUUCAUAAACUAUUGUAUUAUGACACAAAACGACAGUUGGGCUUUAGUGUAAGCUAUAUUUGGCACAAAUAAGAUGUAUGUAAGUACUUAUGAAAGUUACAACAAAAUUAUAAUACGAUAAAGUAAUUGCCAUAGUAGGUACCUACAGGUCGGGUCACAAGAGCUGGCACGAAUGAAAUGAAUGAGUGAAUGUAAAUGUCUAUGUGUGUACCAAGGUGCCUCUGACUGUAUGCCGAUACUGGUGUCACUCAUACCAUGAAAGUUUCGUUCAUUUCGUUCGUGCCAGCUUUCGUGAAUCCACCUGUACCAAUGUACUAACUUUAUUAAAUUUUUUAUUGACUUGAGUUUAUUUUUGAGUCGCAAUACUUUUGAAAAUAAAUUUAAUUGUUUCUUUUAAUAUUUUUUUAUACAUUGCUAAUUUUAUCGUAAACUGACAUUAAAAUAAUUCCGUCAAAUUCUAUUUAAUGAAUUUGUUUAGGACAUUUUACAUAAAUAUAUUCAUUACUGUUAGGAAUAUUAUUUUGAAGACUAUAAUCGGCAUGAUUUAGAACAAAUUAGCCAAAAAUACAUAAUGAAAACUAUUGCGACUGUUUCCAUGUAUUAGAUUAUUCACUAUUAAUUUAUUUCAUGAUUAGACUUUUAAUAUCAUUAUUUUUGUGUCGAUGCGUAUCAAAACUGCAUAAGUCCACCCAAAAUGGCAUAUAAUAUGAUGUAGGUAUGUAGUUAAACAAUAAAUGUCGAAUUGGUAUAGUACCAUAGUUUGGGGACUUAGAUAAUUUUGAUAUUCCUCAAUACUUUAAAUAUUACAUUCUACUAGUACGAGUAUUAUAUUAAACUUGCCUUGACAAUUGUUUAUAGAUGUUUACAUUUUAAGUUAACUCCUGAGUCAAGCAUUUAAUUAUCACUUUUUUUUUCUACGGAAUUAAGUGAAAUUGAUAUUCGUUAACAAGUAUUCAAAAUUAUAAUGACUACUUGUAUAUUCGUGCCAUCUUUUAAAGGCGCAGCAUUUGCUCAAUCCGAUGUCGAAUGCACUGAGUGAAAAUUAUUAAAAAAAAACAUUUGAGGAGUGUCUCUUCAAAAGGGUUUAUUUUUUGUAUGGUGUCCAUAGAUAGAAAAAUAAGCCCUUUUGAAAAGAAACUCUUCAUUUAAUGAUCAGCACACAAUUCACAGCAAUUGGCUGUAGUAGUUGUUGCAUUAGAUAUUCUUGAAAUCUUAUGAUAUCAUUAAAGUAAGAAAAAAUAAAUACGUAGUAUAAGGCACAAAGCGUGCUUGAUAGUCAGUGAGAGAAGAUACAGAUAGAAUGCUUGAGAAUUCGAAUGAAAUGGUAAUUUGGUUAAGAGAUCGACAUCUACACGCACUUUCGUCUUCUCUCGUAGUUGCGGUACUAUAGGUAUUAUAUCAAAGAAUGAUAUAAAUAGGAAUUGUUUGAUUCCAAGUAGGUACAUCGUAGAAAUGACGAAAAGCUGAUCUCGAAACACACGAGCAGACUUUGUAAUGACUGACUUCAAUAUUACUUUCGUAAUUUUUUGUCGAUAUAUCUUUGCAAGUUUGAAUAUCGUUGCUUGUAAUGUUUACAACAUUUGUAGUUUCUAAAUUAAUUAUCCAAAAUUAUAAGGUGAUGAGGCUAGAUAAAAUAAAACAACGUGCGCAUUUCGUCAUUUUUGCGGUGUACAAUAGUUUACGAUAUAAUUUAGAAGGGAAUUGGUAUGUUGGUUGUAAAAAUAUAUAAAUAAUGAACUAGCAAUACACCUAGUGUAAGAGUUACAGCUCAAACUAACAUUCUGUAUCUAGUACGCUGCCUACAAGCGGUCGUUCAAAUGUACUUCAGCCUAAAGUGCUUAACCCUUUUACCGCCAAAGACGGCAACAGACGCGAACUACAGCGCCUAAACAGCCCAAUAUGAACCCUAGCUAGUGGAUUCUGACAGGGUUCACGACGGUGUGCCACACACGAUAAUUAGGCGUGGCGUUCAAAGGGCCACAUUAAAUUAGGGCCACGUUUAAAGAGGGACAUUUAAAUGACAGUUAAAAUCGUAUUAGCUACACAUUGUUUUAUAUUUAAUGUAAUAGUUUUCGAUCAAAUAAAAUAAAAAAAGGUCUAAGCACACCAAAAAGCUCGGCACCGGACCAGCGCCGCCUCCGCCGCCCGAUCCGCUCAGUAUUCUUUGUAGAAAACUUCUUACUGUGAUCCAUACUUGUCGGCAUUGGAAUAAUAUCGCCUCGGCGACGCUCGCUAGUGUCUCGCCAACGGCACGGGGACGGCGCGCUUACCCCCCGCCCGUGGUUGCGCCGAUGUCAAACAGGCGCUGUAGCGCGCUCUCGCCCAGACGCAAGCGCGAUGUUAACCAGACGUAGCCGAGCCCACAUCUCCGUGGCGUUGAAUUGCCUCCCUUGCGGUACUUACGUACGAGUAUGGUUGGCGACUAGUUGACCGCGAGCGAGGUGAUGAGUGGGGGCGGCGUUGGUCUGGUGUCGAGCUUUUUGGCGUGCUCCAACCUUUAAACUCAUUUUCAUGUUAUGAGUUGGUCAUAGUAUGGUAUGCGUACACUCAAGUUCAAUACAGCCCAUUCCAAACCAAUUAACAAAAAAGUAAAAUACACUAAAAACCACUAUACUACUUCCUUUUGUGGAGCAAUAAAGAAUUCUAUUGAAUAUAGCUAGACCACCAUUAAUUACAAUUGUAUAAUUUUUAUUUGAUAUACAUGUUUCUGUUCGUAUAAUUGGAUUGGGAUGGAGUUUACAAAUGUUGUAUUAAUCUUCGUACCUAUAGUUGGUAUUUAAUGCCGAACUGUAUUUUAUAAAAGACGAUUUAUAUUGUUUAUAAAAGUAAAUAAAUAGUUUUAUUUUAUAUCGA